AGAGCAGAAAAGGUCUCUCGUUAAGAUGGCGGCCCGGGUCUCGCCACAAGUUAAUUGGCAGGUGCUGUGACGGGAAGGAAAGCCUCGUAACCCGACAGCCUCAUAGCCGGAGUUUUAGACUACAGGCCCUGUCCCCUGAGCUCUGCCCUCGGAUGUCCCACUGUCCAGAGCCUGCAUGCGCCGUGGGGCGCCCCAGGACCAGGAGCUGGUGGGUCCGGGGCCUCCUGGGCGAGGGUCCCGGGGCGCCCCUCCUCCCUCGGGACUUGUCCCGGUCCUCGUCUUUCCGCCGGAUCUAGUAUUCAGAGCGGACCAGCGGAGCGGACCUCGGCAACUGCUGACCCUCUAUAACCCCACUGGAGCUGCUCUUCGCUUCCGAGUCCUGUGCACAGCACCUGCCAAAUACACAGUGUUUGACGCGGAAGGAUAUGUGAAACCUCAGUCGUGCAUUGACAUUGUGAUUCGCCACGUGGCCCCCAUUCCCAGCCACUAUGAUGUCCAGGACCGCUUUCGCAUUGAGCUGUCUGAGGAGGGAGCUGAGGGCCGAGUGGUGGGGCGCAAGGACAUCACCUCGGUUCUGAGGGCCCCAGCCCAUCCCCUUGAGCUUCAGGGACAGCCCGACCCAACGCCCCACCCAGGGCCUCCUUCCUGGACAGCGCCACCCACGGCCAGACACUUCCCAGAGACCCCCUCCCUGGAGGACCUUAGGCUGGGCAAGAGGGAGGCUGGCGCUUCUGAUGAACCUUGUUUCCCAGACCCUCACUCACAACUGGCCACCAGCUCCUUCUUCCUCUUCUUGCUGACGGGCAUAGUCUCUGUGGCCUUCCUGCUGCUCCCACUCCAGGACGAACUCGACAGCCAGCUGCCCCAAAUCCUGCAUGUUUCUCUGGGACAAAAGUUGGUGGCAGCCUACGUUUUGGGGCUCCUCACCAUGGUGUUCCUCCGGACCUGAGCUCCCUGCUCAACCUUCGCCCCCGUCCUAGGCAGGGCCACGAAUGGGAGACAGCCACUGUGAUGCUCACUCUUCUUGCCUCAACUCCUCUACCCUUCCUCUUUCUGCCCAUCCUCCCUGCCACCCACCCACCUCACACAAUACCCAGGGAUUUGUAUUCAUUUUCAAGUUCAAUAAAAUACAUUUUUAAAGUUAAA